AUGGUCUCUGGCAACACUCCUCAACUCCUGCAACCUCUCCCCACCAACCACCUCCUCCGAGCUGUCGCCCGACCAUCCCCUAACUCUCCCAGCUACACCACCACACUCCCAGCUACACCCCUACUCUCCCAGCUACUCUCCCAGCUACACCCCCACUCUCCCAGCUACACCCCUAGCUACACCCCCACACUCCCAGCUACACCCCCACUAUCCCAGCUACACCCCAUCUCCCAGCUACACCCCACACUCCCAGCUACACCCCCACUCACCCAGCUACACCACACUCCCAGCUACACCCCCACACUCCCAGCUACACCCCCACUCUCCCAGCUACACCCGCACACUCCCAGCUACCCCCACUCUCCCAGCUACACCCCACACUCCCAGUACACCCCCACACUCCCAGCUACACCCCCACUCUCCCAGCUACACCCCACUCUCCCAGCUACACCCCCACUCUUUCGCCACGCCUACACCCCACACUCUCCCAGCUACACCCACACUCCCAGCUACACCCCACUCUCCCAGCUACACAUCCCACACUCCCAGCUACCCCCCACACUCCCCAGCUACACCCCCACUCUCCAGCUACACCCCCACUCUCCCAGCUACACCCCCACACUCCCAGCUACACCCCCACUCCCAGCUACACCCCCACUCUCCCAGCUACACCCCCACUCUCCAGCUACACACCACAACUCCAGCUACACCCCCACUAUCCGCAGCUACACCCCCACUCUCCCAGCUACACCCCCACUCUCCCAGCUGCACUUUUAUUUAUGA